CGAGGCCUUACUUUCUCAGCGCUGGGUGACAUUGAGCACAGAGCGCAGCCGCACCACCGCCGGCCUGGGCCUCUCUGCUGGUCCGCGGAGUGGGCGGCCAUGGGGAGCCUCCGCAGCCUGCGCCUGGCGGCUGGAAAUUAUUUUAGGUUGUGUGAAAGAAAUGCUUCCUCAUCUCUAAAGCUUACCAGAAACUCUGAUUUGAAGAGAAUAAAUGGAUUUUGCACCAAACCACAGGAAAGUCCAAAAGCUCCAACCUACACUUAUAGCCACAGAGUGCCAUUGCAUAAGCCUACAGACUGGGAGAAGAAGAUCCUGAUAUGGUCAGGUCGCUUCAAAAAGGAAGAUGAAAUCCCAGAGACUAUAUCGUUUGAGAUGCUCGAUGCUGCAAAGAACAAGAUUCGAGUGAAGAUCAGCUAUGUAAUGAUUGCACUGACAGUGGCAGGAUGCAUCUUGAUGGUUAUUGAGGGCAAGAAGGCUGCCAAAAGAAACGAGUCAUUAACAAGCAUGAACCUAGAAAAGAAAGCUCGUCUGCGAGAGGAAGCUGCUAUGAAGGCCAAGACAGAGUAGCAGAGAUACCCAUGUUGGCUGGAUUUUCAAACUCUAGAAACAGUUUUGCAGCAACAAGCCUAUAUUACAAAGAAUGUGGUAUAAGGUUCUCUAUUUCUGCUCUAGAGCUACAAAUAAAUUUUCUUAGAGAAAUGA